GGUAAGAUAGUGUGUUGAUUACAGUUUAUAAGUAAGAAGUCAUUUACAAACCACAACAGCACAGGGGGCUGGGAUAUUGACACAAAUUCCGAUUUUUCAUUCGAUGUUAUACUAAUUUAUGCGAUGUGCAGAAUAAAUCAAUUUCCACAUAAAUGCGCUCGUGAUAUUCACGGCAUUCAUCGAUCCGCACUGAGCACCGCGGACGAACGGACGCCACACAAGGAAUGGAUGCAUUUACGAGACCAAGGCCGUGUACGCCCAUGCAUGAUGCACACACACUCUAAGAUAACCGGUAACCACGUAUUGCACGCAAGAUAUGAGGUUCGACCUGUACCCCAUACACGUACGUCCAUGAGAAAUCGGCAGGUAGAGUGUCGAGCAGCUGGUUGGGGGGAGAUGUUUCUCGAACAGCUGUUCUUCCAUGGUCGCGCAUCUGGAUAAUAUGUAGGGAAAAUACAUCAAUAAACAUCAUUUUGUCAACAAAUCGCAAAGUGAAGUUGUAGUCAUAAUGUUGGAUCCGUCGUCGAGCGACGAAGACUCGGACAAUGACUAUGAAGAUGAAACGGAUUCGCUGUCGGCACCAAGUCAAAGUGGGACUCGGAUAUGUGCAUCCAGCAGCGACAGCUUGCAAGCCAACAAUGUUGUGCAACCCAACACAGGCCACCGGCAGUCGGUGGUUCGCCCCGCCAGCCCCAGCCCGUCGCUUAUCAGCGAGAAAGAACGCAAGGAAGCAGAGCGGUUGGAAAAGGAAGAAGAAGACCAUAAGAAAAGAUUGCAGCUGUAUGUCUUCGUCAUGAGAUGCAUUGCUUACCCAUUCAAUGCCAAGCAACCAACGGAUAUGAUGAGAAGGCAGACAAAAGUAACCAAACCCCAGUUGCAGACAAUCAAAGAGCGAUUCCAGGCAUUCAUAAACGGUGAAACUCAAAUUGUUGCAGAUGAGGCAUUUUGUAAUGCCGUUCAGAGUUAUUAUGAGGUUUUCUUGAAGAGCGACCGAGUGCUCAAGAUGGUCUUGAGUGGAGGAUGCUCCUCGCAUGACUUUCGGGAAGUGUUCAAGAAUAACGUUGAGAAGCGGGUGCGAAGUUUGCCGGAAAUCGAUGGUUUGAGCAAAGAAACUGUGUUGAGUUCAUGGAUGGCUAAAUUUGAUGCCAUUUAUCGAGGAGAAGAGGAUCCAAGGAAACAGCCUCAAAGAUUGUCCACGUCUGCUGCAUCCGAGCUCAUUCUUAGCAAGGAACAGCUCUAUGAGAUGUUUCAAAACAUCCUAGGUGUCAAGAAGUUUGAGCAUCAGUUACUCUUUAAUGCCUGUCAGCUCGACAAUGCUGAUGAACAGGCCGCCCAGAUCAGGAGGGAACUCGACGGAAGACUUCAGCUAGCUGAACAAAUAUCAAAGACCAAGAAAGGUCCCAAGUUCAUCGUGAAGGAGAUGGAGAGUAUGUACGUGGACGAGCUUCAUUCGGCUGUUAACCUUCUCAUGGCAAACCUGGAAAGUUUACCUGUCUCUAAGGGCAACACAGACUCCAAAUACUCCCUGCAGAAACUGAAAAGAGCCCAAAAUACAGCAGUUUCUAUGAUGGAAGUAACAGAGGAUUCUGAACCAACCCUGUCCAAAUCAGAUGUGGUUCUCUCAUUUACAUUGGAGGUAGUAGUGAUGGAGGUGCAAGGCUUGAAGUUCCUAGCACCUAACAGGAUCGUCUACUGCACCAUGGAGGUAGAGGGAGGAGAGAAACUACAGACUGAUCAGGCGGAAGCAAGUAAACCAACCUGGGAUACACAAGGAGACUUCACUACCAUUCACCCGCUUCCUGUCGUCAAAAUCAAGCUCUACACAGAGAACACUGGAGUACUGAGUAUUGAUGAUACCAUGCUAGGCAAGGUAAUCAUCAAGCCGACACCAAACAGUCCAAAGACUCCUGAGUGGCAUACCAUGUCGCCAGCAAAACAAGUGCCUAACCCUAUCAAAAUCAGAAUGGCCAUUCGCAUGGACAAACCUCAGAACAUGAAGCAUUGUGGAUGGAUGUAUUGUCUUGGUAAGACAGUCUGGAAGAAGUGGAAGAAGAGAUUCUUUGUACUUGUUCAAGUGAGUCAGUACACAUUUGCGAUGUGCAGCUACAGGGAAAAGAAGGCCGACCCUCAUGAAAUGAUGCAACUCGAUGGCUUCACGGUCGACUACACGGACGCUCUCACAGAACUUGAAUGCCAAGGAGGACGUUUCUUCUUCAGUGCUGUCAAAGAGGGCGACAGCAUUGUGUUUGCCUGCGAUGAAGAGGUGGACAGACAAUUCUGGGUGCAGGCGAUCUACAGGGCUACCGGUCAGUCACACAAGCCUGUACCACCAACUCAGCUUGCAGGUGGCAAGGGCUCCAAUGCUAUCAUAUCCAGGCAACAAGGAGAUGCUGAUCGAGCCAGGAAGCAUGGUAUGGAUGAGUUCAUACACAGCGACCCAUGCAAGUUCAUACACUCCUCUCUCUUUGAGACUCUACAGGAGCUUACACUAGAUCACAGGCUUAAUGAUUCCUACUCAUGUCUGGGAUGGUUUAGUCCUGGUCAAAUCUUUGUCCUCGAUGAAUACUGCGCAAGGUAUGGAGUCCGAGGAUGCCAUAGACACCUAUGCUAUCUAAACAACCUGUUAGACAGAGCAGAGAAAAGCACCAAGAUUGAUCCCACUCUCAUUCACUACAGCUUUGCUUUCUGUGCAUCCCAUGUCCAUGGGAACAGACCUGAUGGUAUAGGCACAGUGACCAUCGAUGAGAGAGAUAAGUUUGAAGAGAUCAAGGAGAGGCUUAGGAUUCUUCUAGAACAUCAGAUCACAGAGUUCAGAUACUGUUUUCCCUUUGGAAGGCCCGAAGGAGCACUGAAAGCCACACUUUCUCUUCUAGAGAGAGUGUUAAUGAAGGACAUAGUGACGCCUGUACCGCAGGAGGAGGUGCGAUGCACAAUCAAGAACUGCCUCGAGGCGGCCGCUCUCGUCAAUUACGAGAGAGUGUCAGCAAACACCAAGAUUGAAGCGGAUGGUCAGGAGAGACCGGUCAAAGGUGAACUUUGUGCAGCCCAAGAUAGUGAGAUCCUGAGCAAUGAAGAUCUCUCACCAGAAAGAAGACUGGAAGAAGUCAUACAUCUUGCUGAGUUGUGUAUUGAUGUCCUACAGCAGAACGAAGAACAUCAUGCAGAGCGUGACAAACCCAAAGAAUCUAAGGCAUUUGCAUGGUUCAGCGACCUGUUGGUAGAACAUGCUGAGAUCUUCUGGUCAUUGUUUGGUGUGGACAUGGAUGCUUCCCUCGAUGUUCAGCCGCCAGACACGUGGGACAGCUUUCCUCUCUUCCAGCUCCUCAACGAUUUCCUGCGAUCUGAAACUACCCUGAAUGGAGGGAGGUUCCAUCUGAAACUUCAAGACACGUUUGCUCCUCAGGUGAUUCGCUACGUAGACUUGAUGGAGUCAUCCAUAGCUCAGUCUAUCCAUAGAGGCUUUGAGAAGGAGAAAUGGGAACCAAAAGGGAAUGGUACAGAGACAUCCGAGGAUCUAUUCUGGAAGUUGGAUGCCUUACAGACCUUCGUCAGGGACCUUCACUGGCCCCAGCAGGAGUUUGCUCUCCACCUUGACCACAGACUCAAACUAAUGGCAGCUGACAUGAUUGAGUCAUGCGUUGGCAGAACUAUGCAAGGAUUUGAAGUGUGGAUCAAGAAGGGGAGACCAAACAGUGAUUAUCGACUGAAUAUAGAGCUUUGUGUGAUGAUGAAUGUCCUGACUGAUGCCAAGGAUAAAUCCAUGAAGCUCUGUCCUCCAACCAAGGAUGAGGAGGCACAUCAGUACCACACCAGAAUUGAUGAGGAAAUCAACAGGACUUCAUACCAGGUCAUUCAACUCUCUGUACUAAAGCUACGUGGAGCCCUAGAAAGCGUCCUAACCAAGCUGGCACGUUACGAUGAGGGAACAUUCUUUGCUUCUAUUCUCUCAUUCACGUCUCUCCCACAGUUCUCUUGGCCGAGCUCUAAUAAGCGCCCUAGACGUCGUAAUCCCGGCAUGGAGUUGGCUGAUGAUUAUGUUGAGUUCAUCCGUGAUAAUCUGGACGAGAUCAGAGAGAAGGUUCAUGAUGAUGAGUUCCUCCAGAACCUGUUUGAGGAAUGGUACACUUCCAAUAUGAAUCUACUGUGUGACUGGAUGUCAGAUCGGAUGGAGCUACAGCUUCACAUAUAUCAACUCAAUACACUGCUCAGAAUUACUGGGAAGAUGUACAAGGACUUUGAGCUCCAUGGUGUCCCCCCAAAGGUCCUGAUCAGCAAGACCUACGACAACGUGAAGCAUAGGCUGCAGGUGGAAGAAGCAACGGCAUCGGUCACCAACCAGAUGGUGAUUCACAACGGAUCCAUGAGCCAAGAUGAUGAGGAUGACGAUGACAACUAAACAAAAGCUGAUCCUUAGAGUGAUGAUUACCACAGAUAGAAUUCUCCCCUUGUUCCCCUUCCCCUAUAGUUCUGUUUGACAAGGGAUCAGACCACAUUUUAGUUUCCGCAGACACAAGAAAUGAUCCUACAGGUGAUAAUGAUGAUGAUGACUCCUGAUGGUGAAUCAUGUGUAGAACUUUCCCUGUGUUCCCCAAUGCUGUUAGACAACAACAGAAGAGACCUCAAUUAGCUGCCAAUGAAGAGGAGAGUCCUGAGAAUGAACCAGAUAGAUAGUCCUUUCAGUCAGUAAAAGAGACUUUUAAUUUGUGUAGAGAUUACCAUAAUGUAGGCUUACUCUCUUUCUUAUUAAGCAGAUGGAUUAGGGAAUCUUCAUGCUGCCAAUGGCAUUAACAGAGUAGCAAAGAAGACUGGUGUUCUGGGUUUUUUUCCCUUGUCCAUAUCCUGAAAGAGAUACAACGCUUCUCAUUCUUGUUUAUGAUACAGCUACAUGUAGCUCUUACGUUGAUGUUAGAAUGAUUUCAGAACUAGGAGUAGGGGAUAGGUUACAAUAUUUAAAUAGGAGGACAAUUGCCUUGUGUUUCAUGGUAGACUUACAUUAUUUUGGUAUGUUUGCAAUGACCUUCCAAAUUACAAAACUUCUGUUCAUAAAGAAGAUUACCGAAGGGUCUUUUAGACAGAUCUUCAAAGUUCAAUUAAAAAUGAAGAGGGUUCUUCAUUGACUCUGUUUGAAGAAGUGCAAUUGGCCUUAUAAUAAUAAUAAUAAUUAUAAUGAUUGGAGUUACUGUAACUUUGCAGACUUCAAAUUGUUGCAAGCUAGGUCCAGAGAAAGAAAGACACAAGGUAAUGAAUAAUGAAGGAAAAAAAGACCGCAUAAACUUUGGAAGAAAAUUAUGUUCAAAGUAACAAAUUUUAUUCCUUAGUUGGCCAAAUACCCAAAAUCCUAUUCCACAACUCUUUGGAUUUUGAAGAAAAUUUGAAGAUAAUCUAUACUUUCAUACCUUUUAUACCUCUCUCUCAAUUAUGUUUGCAUGGCUACUGUAUGAUACCCACAGUGGAAUGUGAAUCAAAAUAAUUGGUAGUGAUUCAAAAGUUAUGCAGGAAAAAAAUAUCUAGUAAAACAUGAAAGUGUGGUAUCUACGUAUUAUAAGUAAUGUCAACCAACCCAAGUGCAAGUCUGUUCCAUUUUCCCUUUGAACAUUCCCCGGGGAGUCGCACCAAGAGUGUUCUCCAUAUCAGAUGAGGAUCACAGAGGAUUUAGUUGCCACAAUCAUUCUAGUCAUCCUAUACUACAUUCCAAUCUUAUGUAAAUAAAUCUUCCUAAAUUAUUACCAUUUUCAUCAUGGGCAUGUAUAAUAGAAUGGUCUACAUGGUAUGAUAUCAUGAUCAUGUACCCAGUCAAAAUAGUAUUUUUCAAUUUAUAUAUAUGAUAGUAAAAUAUUUAGCAGGAAAUAGUUUGGGAUUUAUUAAUAUUGAAUGAGUGGGGAUAGUAUCCAGCCAUAUAUCUUGAGUAGAGUAUAAGAACUGUAUGAUUUUUGGUUAAUUUUUAUGUUUGUCAUACCUAGGAACAUAUAACAGGAAGAUGGCGUUUUUUGUUUGGGUUUUAGCAGUUUUUAUGCUAUGAGGUCAAGUUUUUUAUGAAGUAGCAUUUAUGUUUCCUCACAUAGCAUCGUGUGAUUUUUCAACCAUUGUGUAAAGGACAUUACCUCCUACAAUGCUGAUGAAAGUGUAAAGAGCAUUCCUAUUAACCAAGUGUCUUAUAGGUAUGUUGGAUUGUUGUUUCAUCCUUGGCUUGUUCUAAAUGUUCCCAGUAAUAGAUUUCACAUCAAAUAUUAUCAGGCCUAGGUGGUUCCUUGUUUUCUAUGUUUAUAUAUACAUCCCAUCUUCUGAAAUGCAAUUGAAUCAAGUUAAAAGGCAAAGUUUUGUUUUUCAUCUUUUGAUUUCAACUUGUAUAAAAUUGGCUGAAAAUUACGUUUUUUUCUAUAUUUGGACUUAUUGUACUACAAAUGGUUGUGUAGUGAAAAAGACAACUUUUUAAAUUGUUUUGUGGACCAUUAAUUUGUCAUUGUUGAUUGAUGGAUUCAAAAGUUCACCAUGAUUAGGUUAUAAGAAGCAAAUACCCUUUGAUUGGGAGUUCUAUGUCAACCAUCAACUCAACUUUUAAUUUUGUUGCAGUCAUUCUCUCAUAAGCAAAAUAUGGUAUAAAACGGAGCUUUGAUUGAGCCAGUGGCUGGUUAAGCGUUUAAGCUAGGCACCUCCAGAUACAUGUAUGGUCAAUACAACACAUACAAUGGGCCAAACAUUUAAGGUGACCAAGCAAUGCAAAUAUCAUUGAUGUUUCAAGAUGUAAAAAUAGUGGUUUUAGUUCCUUUCUUACCAUGGGUUUAUCAUCAUUCACUAGAAAGUGAGAGAUAAUUAAAAAAAUUGAGAUGGAAAAAAUCUAUAUUUACCUUCAUGUAUUAAAUGUUGUGAUAAAUGACUUGAUAUUAUAUUCAAAGAAGAUUUAAAAUGGGAAUUAACGCAGACUAGAAAAAAUGCAUUAUUGACUUUUGACUUUUCAACAAAAAUAAUUCUGAUUGUGUGAACCCAAAGCAAACAAAUUAAAUUUGCCUAAAAUUCUUAAUUAAAUGAAUGUGUAAUUAGACUUCAAAAACAAAAUCCAUGGCUUUCUUUUUAGUCCCUACAUCAUACAUCUUCUGUAUACUGUGUUGAAAAUAUACCCCAAAACAGAUGAAAUUACUGAUAAACUAACCAGGUUAACUGUUAUGACUAUAUAUGUGUAGUAAUAAAAUGGUUUUCAAACAGCGCUGUCAUUUCUCUUUUCUUUACAAUGUAUAAUAAUAUAUAUAUAAUAUACAUAUAUUACUUGUGGGUGUAUAUCUUGUCUUAUAUUGUCAUCCUGUAAUUGUAUUAUUUUUAUAAUGUGUGUUCUGCAAAUCUAUACUUUGUGUUGAAAUGUUGCAGUCUAUGAAAUAUGCAAAGCGUCUUCUCUGGUCAUUUUUUUAGUUAGCAAUUUUGUACAUUCCCAAAGGAAAAUAAAAACAAACAUCAGUUGUAUGUCAUUAUUUGUAUGAAUCCAACAAAGUAAAAUCUAUUAUGUUGAUAAUGAAGUGAGUUUAUGCAAAAUGUAUGGUAAAGAGAGAGAAAACUUCUUCAUUGCGAUUGUCAAGCAACUUUAAUACUACUUUGAUAUGUUUUCUGUCACGUUUUUUCCACAUGAUCCUCAAAGUGUAGUUUUGGAAGUAGUAACCAUAUGAAUCUCGCAGACAAAUUCAAGUUUUUGGUUAAUAAUGGACUGCAUGAGAAACAGGAAGAUGAUAAUCCACAUUUGAUUUUUGUUUCCAACCUUAUCAAGACCAUGAUUUUCAAAUGUAUGACACCAAUGGAUCAAAGGAAACACUGAUAGAACUAUGCAGCCUAGGAAAGGUUGGCUUGUCAAAGAUCUCUCAUGAAAUCAUGGACAUGAAUGAUAUAUGAAGAAAUGUUACGAUGUGCUGCAACACUUGAUGUGAUCCAAAAUGUACCUAUUGUAUAUAUUAGUUUUGCAAUUUUAAAAGUUGCUACAUGUUGCUAAGAAAGGAGAUGAUAACAAGUGAUAUUAAAAGUAGAAAAUUCAGAUACUUUGGGAAAAUAUCUGUAUGAGACAUUUAAAGAUGGCUUGCCAUAUUUUAUGUCCAGAUUGAAAAUAAAACACUGACAUGAAGGGAUGUUGGUAUUCAUAUACAGGAUUAUUCUCUAUAUCUCUUUGUCACAUUUGCAAUCUUUCCUCCAGUUCCUCUUUCUCACUUGUCUUCUUUAUUUAUUUU